AUGACUCUCCUCCUCCUGACCGGCCUGGCAGCCGCUGCCAACGCCCUCACGGCGACGGUCAACACCGCACAAACCUACCAAACCAUGGAUGGGUUCGGCUUCUCGCAGGCCUUUGGCCGCGCCUACGAUCUGUACAACCUGAACUCGAGCCAGCGCCAAUACGCCCUUGACCUCCUCUUCAGUCCCACCAAGGGCGCAGGCAUGACCAUCCUGCGCAACCGCGUCGGCUCUAGUAGCAGCGACAGCAUUUUGCCAAUCUCCCCGGGCUCCCCGAACGCCACGCCGCAGUAUCAGGACCUCGGCACGGACUCGGAGCAGGUAUGGGUGACGCAGCAGGCCGUCGCCUACGGGGUGAAGACCAUCUAUGCGGACGCGUGGAGCGCCCCGGGGUUUAUGAAGACGAACAACGACCAGGGGAAUGGGGGUUAUCUGUGUGGUGUUACGGGAACGAACUGCGCGAGCGGCAACUGGACACAGGCGUAUGCAAACUACCUGGUCAAGUAUAUCCAGGAUUAUGCCGCGUUGGGACUGGAUAUCACGCACGUGGGGUUCUUGAACGAGCCGGAUUUCAACACAACCUAUUCCUCUAUGCUGUCGGACGGGAUCCAAGCCGCGGACUUUAUCAAGGUGCUGUAUCCCACCUUGCAGAAAGCAGGUCUGAGCCGCGUGGGCAUUAACUGCUGCGACGCGAUGGCCUGGUCCGCGCAGAAAACUCGCACCGCACAACUCAUCUCUGCCGGUGUUGAGAACCUUCUCUCGCGGAUCACCUCGCACUCGUACUCGUCUGAUCCGACCAGCUCUAUGGGCGCCUCAAUCCCCGUCUGGCAGACUGAGAAUGCGGACCUCUCGGCCGCGGGCACGUGGGAGACGACCUGGUACUCCAGCGGGGGCGCGGGCGAGGGCCUUACCUGGGCGCAGAAGAUUUACACGGCGAUCACGGAGGGCGGGGUGAGCGCGUAUCUCUAUUGGGAGGGGUUCGAGGAUAGUAACACGAACUCGUGCUUGGUGAUUACCGAUGGAACAAAUGUGAUCCCAUCGGGGCGAUUGUGGGCGUUUGGCCAGUGGAGUCGGUUUGUACGACCCGGAGCGGUGCGGGUGGCCGUCUCUGGGUCCUCUUCGACGUUGAAGAUGACUGCGUUCAAGAAUACGGAUGGGACUGUUGCGGUGCAGAUGAUCAACACUGCGUCUGCGGCGACAUCGGUCACUGUCAACGGGUUUGCUGCUGGUUCGGCCAAAGCAUAUCUCACGGAUAACAGCCACAAUCGGAUUAGCGAGACCACCCCGUCCGUUAGUGCAGGAGCAGCCAGUGUCAAUGUCCCCGGAUAUUCAAUGGUGACUGUGGUUCUAAGUGGCAGUACCUCGUCCUCUUCCUCGGCGACAACGAAGGCUACAACCUCCACCACGAAGACGACGACUACGAAUGCCGCUUCCACUACCGUCGCGGCGCAUUAUGGUCAGUGUGGAGGACAAGGAUGGACGGGCCCGACGACCUGUGCGUCGCCGUAUACCUGCCAGGUGCAGAACGCGUGGUAUUCCCAGUGUUUGUGA